GGGCCUGCCAACAACCAAAAUGUCCAAAGGGCCUCUGAUUCUCUGGCUGGUGAUUGAGCUCCAGCGGCUGUAUCUGACUCCAGCUGUAUCAGAGAGUGUCGUGAGAGCGUUUUGGGGUCAGUCGGUGACUUUGCCCUGUACAUACUCAUCCUGGUCUCCUAAGAGCAACGGCAUGUGCUGGGGCAAAGGCCAGUGUCCCAACUCCAAAUGCAAUGAUGAGCUUCUCUACACCGAUGGGAGAAGGGUGGUCUCGAGGAAGUUGCCAAAAUACCAACUUCUGGGGAAUAUCUGGAGAGGGGAUGUCUCCUUGACCAUCUUCAACACCAACGAAGGUGACAGUGGUGUGUACUGCUGCCGCAUAGAGGUGCCUGGCUGGUUCAACGAUGUGAAGAGGAACAUCCGCCUGGAGCUGAGAGGUCCCACAACCACGCGCUCAACAACCACCCAUCGCUCAACAACCACCCAUCGCCCAACCACCGCCGCCACCACUGCCAUGACGACAACCACAGCUGUGCUUCCAACAACCACAGCUGUGCUUCCAACAACCACAGUCGUGCCUACACCUGACCUGCCAGCCACACCACCGCUUCAGAUGAGAACCGCUGCUGCACUCACCACGACGGCAGCCACAUGCCCUCUGACAACACGGGAGUCCCUUCGUGAGGAAGACACGAUACUUCUGACCCUUGAGCCUUCCACAGAAGGGCCCAUCCUCCCUGCAGACUCAGAAACUGUCCUUCUCCCUAGGACCUCUCAGAGAAGCACUGAGGCGACUUCUGCAGACACUGCCUUACUCACAUCCAAAGGGUCUAAAAGUUGGGUUCUCCAGUCAACACGCCAGGCAUUGAUGCGGGAAGCGAGUGACUCGGUGGUUUCUCAGCCAGGAGCAUCUGAGACGCCAUUUCUUGUGCAAAAUGGAUUUGAAUCAGAACAGAUAAAAAUGACCAACAACUACAACCUGCUCAUGAUCAUUGCUCCCUCCCUGGGAUUUGUGCUGUUGGCAUUGCUUCUGGCAUAUUUCCUUCGAGGGAAAGUCAUGAAAACCAAUUGUGUCCAGAAACACACCAGGCUAGACAGUGCUGGAGAAGGUAAAAAUGUACUCGACGAAAGAGAAAAUGAAGAUGGUCUUUUCACACUCUAAAGUGCCCCUUUCUCUUAGGAUUGAGGAUGAGGAUAUGAUGUGUGAAUUAUCAAAAUAAGUCUUAGAAUGUUUUUUUUUUAAAACCGUCUGUUGCCUUGGUGUCACUGAUCCAGUCUUGCCUUAGUUUCACAAGUGAAAGUUACCUUAGAGACCACACCUUCUCAUGGUUUAAUCUCUGUAGCAUCACUGCUAAGUGAUCUUCCACAGUAUAAUUGAACACCUUCAGUGAUGGUGAACUCACUAUCACACCCAAGGA